GGUAUAGGAGCGGGACUACAGGGAUAAGGUGCCACCACGUGUACCAACGUUUUCCCACGAACCAAACGGUAUAUUUUUCCUCGUCGGGGGGUUUUUUCGUUCUCCCAACAUCUCUCGUCCAAAAUCGCCGACGGGGAUUUUUCCGAUUGUUUGCUUUAGUUGAAUGAAGAGAGCGACCAACUGAACGGGGACAAUUAGGGUUUUUAUUUUGAACUAGGAAGGGUAAUUUUUAUUUUUUCCGCGAUGACGGCGGCUGCGGCGGUUGCUGGUUCGUCUUUCGGGUUAGUGAACAGAGGCGGCGGCGGCGGGGGAAAGAAGGUGCUGAUAACGGGAGUGAGCCGAGGAUUGGGUAGAGCGCUGGCAGUGGAAUUGGCGAAGAGAGGUCAUACAAUAAUCGGGUGUUCGCGAACUCAAGAUAAGCUGAAUGCGCUCACCUCCGACCUCGCAUCCUCCGACCGCCACCUCCUCCUCAACGCCGACAUCAGGUCCGACAGUAGUGUGGCAGAACUGGCUCGAGAGGUAACGGAGAAGAAGGGCGUUCCUGACAUCAUAGUGAACAAUGCAGGAACAAUUAACCAGAACAACAAGAUAUGGGAGGUGCCCCAGGAGGAAUUUGAUGCUGUGAUUGAUACCAAUGUGAAAGGGGUAACAAAUGUGUUGCGGCAUUUCAUCCCUCUAAUGCUUCCCAACAAGCAAGGGAUUAUUGUCAACAUGUCCUCUGGAUGGGGAAGAUCUGGUGCUGCACUGGUUGCACCUUAUUGUGCAUCGAAAUGGGCAAUCGAAGGCCUGUCAAGAUCAGUGGCAAAAGAGUUGCCUGAUGGGAUGGCAAUCAUUGCACUCAACCCAGGAGUGAUCCACACAGACAUGCUUUCCUCAUGCUUUGGCACUUCAGCUUCUCUUUACCAGGCUCCUGAUACAUGGGCAGUGAAGGCAGCUACCAUGAUUCUCAAUCUAACUGGUGCAGACAAUGGCGCUUCUCUCACAGUGUGAAAAACUUAAUGGGACUACAGUUUGCUUGUCGAAGUACUUAUAUUUAGCUCAGAUAAUUAGACCAUGUUUCUUCUUAGGCGAUUCUUUUUCUUCAUCCAUCUUGUAACUGUGUAGAAGAAAAGUGCUUCAGGAACCCUAUGCAGUAGAUGUAAUUCAAGCCAACUUUUGCAGUAGGCCUUCUUUCUUGGUCAAAAAGUUUAGACAAAACUCCAUCCAGUAGUCUUCUCUAUACCCUGUUCCUUCAUCAUCUCUCUUGCUUGUUCCGCCUCCUUCCACUUUCCAAUGGAGCUAUACAUAUCAGACAAUAGUACAUAGUAUCCAUCGUUUUUCGGAUCUGUCUUAAUCGCUUGCUUUGCUAUCCUUAUCCCUGUCAUGAUGUCGGCAUGAAUCUUACAAGCGCCUAACAAAGCACCCCAGACGCCACCAUCAGGACAAAUGGGCAUUGACAAAAUGAACUCUUCAGCCUCAAGUAAACUGCCUGAUCUUCCAAUAAGAUCCACAAGGCAAGCAUAGUGCUUAAGAUUUGACCUCACAGAAUGCUGUUUCAUUUUCCCAAAUAGAUGCUUCCCUUCCUCAACAAGGCCCGAGUGUGCACAAGCUGAAAGGAGAGACAGGAACGUUAGAGAAUUUGGCUUGAUUAUGGACUGCUCCUCCAUUUGCUCGAAUAUCUCAAUUGCAGAUCUCGCAUCUCCAUGCAUUGCGUACGCCGAGAUCAUAGCAUUCCAUGAAAUGGAAUCUUUGACUUCCAUUGAGUUGAAUAUUUCUCUUGAUUUGUCCAGUCUACCGCAUUUGGCAUACAUGUCGACUAAUGCAGUAGCAACAGAUACAUUUUGCUCGCAGGUCCUAAUCAAACAGUGAACCUUUUCCCCUUUCUGAAGGUCAGCAAGAUGAGAGCAAGCAGAGAGCACAGUUGCAAAUGUGGCGGAGUUAGGGUUAACAUUUUGCUGCAUCAUUUCCUCAAACAAUGCAAUUGCCUCCACAAAACACGUUCUGUGACAGUAUACUCUGAUCAUUGUGUUCCAUGAGACAACAUCUUUAUGAGCCCCACGAAAAAUGCUCUCCGCAGUGGCCAACUCACCGUCCUUUCCAUACAUGUCGAUGAGCGAAUUGACAACCGAGUUACCGUCUUCCAUGAAAUUCUUGAUACUAUAACAGUGGAGGGAGCGGCAAAAGGUGGCAGUUGCUCCCAUUUGGGAACACGCAGAGAUAACAGACACCAAGGUAUUGGGAUCUGGUUUGAAACCCAGGUUUUGCAUCUCUCUGAAAAGUUCCAUGCAAUUGUCUUCCCUUCCCGCCUUGGCAUAACCACAGACCAUGGAGUUCAAAGACUCUUUAUUCUGUUUGUUUAUCCUAUGAAAGAGCUUCUCUGCUGGUCUUAUAAGUCCCAACUUGCAGUACAUAGAUAGCAAUGCAUCAGUGACCAUCUGAUCUAGGGUAAAGUUCCUCCUCGUGAUGGUACAAUGCAAAGCUUUUCCUUCAACCACACUCGAUGAAUUACCGAACCCCAGAAGCAUGCAACUCAUAACAAUCCCAUCUGGAUUUAAGCCAGCAGCUAGCAUAUCCCAAAACAAGGACAUGCAGUCAUUCAUAAGUCCCAGCCUAGCAUGAAUUCCUAUAAUUGAUGUCCAUGAGAAUAGGUCCUUAUUGCCCACUUCAGAGAAAGAUUGGAGAGCUUCCUCGACACUUCCAAGCUUGCAAUACAUUGACAAAAGGGAAGACUGAAUAACUUGCGAACACCAAAGUCCAGUUUUGACUGCAAAACCAUGCAAACACUUUCCUUCGACCAAAGUACCCAAAUUCCCACAGGCUUGAAAUCCUCCUUCGAGUGUCCUAAAAUUCAUUCUCUCUCCAUCAACAUCAUUCCCAUGCAUCUCACGGAGACACUCUAGACCCUUUUCGCUCUGACCAUUCUGCACAUAACCGAUUAUAAGAGCAGUCCAUGAUACUACAUCCCUUUCAGCAAUUUCAUUGAAGACAAGAGAUGCAUCUUCCAUGAUCCCACACUUCGCAUACAUGUAUACAAAAGAGGACCAGACUGCUGAGUGUCCCAUGAAAAGGCACGACUUUGUCACUAACCCAUGUGCAGUUUUUGCCUCAUUCAGCCACUGAAGCUCAGCACAGGAGGAAACAACCAUAGGAAUAGUGAACUGACUGGGUGAUGCAUUAUGCAACCGCAUCCGGAUAUAGAAGUCAAAUGCCACAGCAUAAUUACCAUUCGAGAAGUAAGAGUGGAUAAUGGAAUUCCAAAGAAAGGUGUCCUUCUCGUCGACCAGCUCAAAAACUUGCCUGGAGCAAGGGGUUUGGUUGAAAGCUGCAUAGAAAGAGAUGAGCUUUGACGAUACAAAUACAUUCCUUGCAUUUCCAGUGGUGAUAAUGAGAGCAUGGGAUUGCAGAAGCUGCUGCAGAGUAGCAGGGGUUUGGUUGGAGAGAAAGGAGUUUAUAUGAGAGCUCAAGUAAUCUGUAGCUGACUGACAAACUGAAUAACGAUGGAUCGAUGAAAUAGCACACUGGUUGAAGAAGAGAUGGCAAGGAAGUUUCCGUGCAAGCAUUGGAGGGAUUGCUUUUGAUUUCCCAUGAUUGAAGCUUCAGAUAUAUAAUAAUUGAACUCUUGGCAUCUUCAAUUUCUCCACCGCCAUUCUGUGCUAACAGCCUAACAAAUCUGACCACCAGAACACACAGCCCUAAUACACUAUUCUCGGAUGACAACUGGCAAUUCCAAGUUGAACAAGAAGAAAAACGGAAAGGAAUCAAUUCUAUUGUAUCUCAGAGAUAUAGCCACAACACGUGCUAGUGGUCACUAAAAAGAUGAGAGCUAGAGCAUUUCCUGUAUGAGGGAAGCUAAUAUUGUGCAACAGACCCAGUAAAUUUUGUUCAAUC